UUAUCAAGAGUGUUUACUGCUUCCUAUCAAUACAUAUUGUUUCCCAUUUCUUAUCUACUUGUUUUCAGUAUUUUCCAUCAAGAGUUUUUCCACAUCCACAAAGACUGUACUGGCUUACAAGUCUCAAUUGUAAGGUCUGGAUGGGCCAAGUUCUUAGGCCACGUCGAAGAGGGAAUCAAAUAUGAACCUGAGCAAUGCACCGCAAUAAUUGACUCUGGGAUGACCGACAUUCAUGGCCCACACACAAAGAGGUCGAUGAAAUCAAUGAAGCAAUUGGAGCAACAAUCGAAACAAGAAAAGUUGAAUGCUCUACGUACAUAUCCAAACAUGGUACAGGAGCUACACAAGUAUCUGGGUCAGGCUUUCAUGCAAGCGUACCAUACGGUCUUCGAUUAUCGUGUGGUAGGCUUGCAUAAAAGCUUGACCCAGAUAACCCAAAAAUCGGCUUUGCUGAAGCAGCAGAAUAAGCGUAGAAAGAUGAAGGAAAUA